CGUCUGUCUAGUCGUCGACGGUAGAAGCGCAGACGUUCUUGGGGACUCUUGGGGAAAGAAAAAAGUUCUUUGUUUUGUCAUUUUUAUUUAAAUACUUCAGAAUUGAUUUGUAGUGUUACCUUCUGUCUAAAGUUAUGGCCUCUUCGGAUGUAGCACGGCAGCCGGAUAAAGGAGUCCGGCCCUUGUCCCUGGCUGGCCACGUGGGUUUUGACAGCCUUCCAGAUCAGCUGGUCAACAAGUCUAUCUGCCAGGGCUUCUGCUUCAAUAUUCUAUGCAUUGGUGAGACUGGUAUUGGCAAGUCUACGCUGAUGGAUACUUUAUUCAAUACUAACUUUGAGAACUUUGAGUCAUCCCACUUUGAACCUCAGGUGAAGCUGCGGGCUCAAACCUAUGACCUGCAGGAGAGUAAUGUCAGACUACGCCUCACUGUUGUCAACACUGUGGGCUUUGGAGAUCAAAUGAACAAACAAGAGAGCUAUCAGCCAGUUGUGGACUACAUCGACAAGCAGUUUGAGAGUUACCUACAGGAGGAGCUAAAGAUCAAGCGUUCUCUGCACAACUACCAUGACUCACGAGUCCAUGCCUGCCUUUACUUCAUCUCCCCUUCAGGUCACUCACUAAAAUCCUUGGACCUGGUCACCAUGAAGAAACUAGACAGCAAGGUGAACAUCAUCCCAGUAAUUGCCAAAGCCGACACCAUCAGUAAGAGCGAGCUGCACAAGUUCAAGAUCAAGAUCAUGAGUGAGCUGGUCAGUAAUGGUGUCCAGAUCUACCAGUUCCCUCUGGACGAUGAGACUGUGGCCAAAGUCAACACUACAAUGAAUGGUCAUUUGCCAUUUGCUGUAGUCGGCAGUACUGAGGAAGUCUGCGUUGGCAAUAAGAUGGUGAAAGCUCGCCAGUAUCCAUGGGGUGUUGUCCAAGUGGAGAAUGAACAUCACUGUGACUUUGUGAAGCUGAGAGAGAUGCUCAUUUGUGUCAAUAUGGAGGACUUGAGGGAGCAGACUCAUACGCGCCAUUAUGAGCUUUACAGACGCUGCAAACUUGAAGAAAUGGGGUUCAAGGACACGGACCCAGAGUGCAAACCUGUCAGUUUGCAGCAGACUUAUGAGGCCAAGCGUCAGGAGUUCCUGGUGGAGCUGCAGAAGAGAGAGGAUGAGAUGAGGCAAAUUUUUGUGCAGAGGGUGAAGGAGAAGGAAGCUGAACUGAAGGACGCCGAGAGAGAGCUGCAGAGCCGUUUUGAGCAGCUGAAGCGUCUCCACGCAGACGAGAAAGCAGCUCUGGAGGAGAAGAAGCGGCUUCUUGAUGACGAUCAGAGCUCUUUCAGUAAGAGACGAGCUGCCGCUCAGCUCCUGCAGGCUCAGAGCCUCACAGCCAACGGCAAGAAGGACAAAGACCGCAAGAACUCUGGCUUCAUGUGAGGACCUUUGGACAUGACACUCCAUUACGAAUUGUUUAACCAGUGACACUGUUCACAUUGCCUUCAGCCAGUCUCAAACACUAACCCGAAGAACACACAGGCCGGCAGCAUGUGAGCCUGGUUUGCCAAAGUUUAAAAACUAUUUCCAAAAAUCAUUUUGUACACUUUACUUCUUGUUUUUAAUCACUUGUGUAGGUUUUAUGACUUUUUGUGUAUUGUUUUUUGUAUUUAUCCUUUCAUAAAUUUCGUCAUUUUCUAUGUACCUCCUUCCCCUUUUUACCCUCUGCCGGACUGAGAGUUACGCUCCUCACCAGCUUCUGUUUACAGAUCAAAUGACUUGGACAGGUACAGUAAUAGCGUGGCUUCUUCAUACACUGCCAGGUUUCUAAUAAUGCCACAAAAAAGUGGUUUUCAGAUUUGCUCUAAAGGUGAAGAAGGCCAGUUUUUCAUAAGUUAAUUAACAAUUAAUCUAACAACACUGAACAAGUUUUCAUCAUUCUUCAAGGAGUAAUUGAAUACAGAAUUUAUUUUAUAAACAACGGUAGCAGGGUAUAUUCUUUUAAGUAAAAAUAUGACGUGAAAUUGGUUAACAUUAGUCCUCUGAACCUUCAGUUUAUUUAAACAAUGAAAUUAAAUAGAAACUCAAAUAUUAUAUAUUCAUGUCAGUAUUUGUGAUCUUAUAGUGCUUAAAUAGUUUAACUGAGGCGUUUAUCUGAAAGGGUUCAAAUUUCAUCUGUUACCAUUUCCUGUUGGUUUAAUUCACACAGACUUCUUCGGAAUAACAAGUAAAGGGUAUUUUUCCUCUUAUUCCUUCAAAUCUGCAGCAGCCACAUUGGUCGUCGUUGAGGGAAGAACUGGUUUGUGGACCUCUCUAAUGCAUUUACACAUUUACAAAACACUUUGCUAGUAUAAUGGGUGCGAGACUUGAUUUGGGAUUAAAACUUGUUUAUAUGUAUCUAUAAAUUACUCUGUUUUUUUCCUGUUGGGACAAACUGAAACUGGCUGAAUCGCUGGGUAAAAAAACUAUGCAUCAUAUUAUGUCAGUGUUUGCUUAGGAGGCAAAUGAAGAGAAGGCUGAUAUUUUUCUGUGUUACUCUAUUUUUACAUAUAUGUAUUCACUUCUCUUUGUACUGUAAACUACAAGAUAUCAAGCAGAACACUGUGGUGCUGGUUUCCAGAAAUGUGUGAUCAAUAAGCCGAACAUUAAUUCACUUUUACUGACUCUUGAUUCUUAUACUAUUGUUUAAAAAUGUGUUAGUGCCUUAACUGUGUAAGACUUAGAGAUACACUAUCUACACACUGACUUGCAGGAAAAAAUCUCAGCCACAUUUGUACUACGACUUUAAGGAUCAAACUGUAUCAUUUGGGAUUUUUCUUUCUUUCUUUUUAAAUAAACCUUUUUGUAUUUUUUCCAUGA